AUGGCGGCGGCGGCGGUGGUGGAGUUCCAGAGAGCCCAGUCUCUACUCAGCACCGACCGGGAGGCCUCCAUCGACAUCCUCCACUCCAUCGUGAAGCGUGACAUUCAGGAGAACGAUGAGGAGGCAGUGCAGGUCAAAGAGCAGAGUAUCCUGGAACUGGGGUCUCUCCUGGCGAAGACUGGACAAGCUGCAGAACUUGGAGGACUCCUCAAAUAUGUACGACCCUUCUUGAAUUCCAUCAGCAAGGCUAAAGCAGCUCGUCUGGUCCGCUCUCUUCUUGACCUGUUUCUUGAUAUGGAAGCAGCUACAGGGCAAGAGGUUGAAUUGUGUUUAGAGUGCAUCGAGUGGGCCAAAUCAGAGAAAAGAACUUUCUUACGCCAGGCUUUGGAGGCAAGACUGGUGUCUUUGUACUUUGAUACCAAGAGGUACCAGGAAGCAUUGCAUUUGGGUUCUCAGUUGCUGCGGGAGUUGAAAAAGAUGGACGACAAAGCCCUUUUGGUGGAAGUGCAACUUUUAGAAAGCAAAACAUACCACGCUCUGAGCAACCUACCGAAAGCCCGAGCUGCCUUAACCUCUGCUCGAACCACGGCAAAUGCCAUCUACUGCCCUCCUAAAUUGCAGGCCACCUUGGAUAUGCAGUCAGGUAUUAUCCACGCAGCAGAGGAGAAGGACUGGAAAACAGCAUACUCAUAUUUCUAUGAGGCAUUUGAGGGUUAUGACUCAAUCGAUAGCCCAAAGGCCAUCACGUCUCUGAAGUACAUGUUACUGUGCAAAAUCAUGCUCAACACGCCAGAAGAUGUCCAGGCCUUGGUGAGCGGGAAGCUUGCACUCCGAUAUGCUGGGAGGCAGACAGAAGCAUUAAAAUGUGUGGCUCAGGCUAGCAAGAACCGAUCACUGGCAGACUUUGAGAAGGCCCUGACUGACUACCGGGCUGAGCUCCGGGAUGACCCAAUCAUCAACACACACUUGGCCAAGUUGUAUGACAACUUACUGGAACAGAAUCUGAUCCGAGUCAUUGAACCUUUCUCCCGGGUACAGAUCGAACACAUAUCGAGCCUCAUCAAGCUUUCCAAGGCCGACGUAGAGAGGAAGUUAUCGCAGAUGAUUCUGGACAAGAAAUUUCAUGGGAUCUUGGACCAGGGGGAGGGUGUCCUGAUUAUUUUCGAUGAACCCCCAGUAGACAAAACUUAUGAAGCUGCUCUGGAAACCAUUCAGAACAUGAGUAAAGUAGUGGAUUCCCUCUACAACAAAGCCAAGAAACUGACAUAGAGUUGGAUCUGUAGCGGUCCUUUGGAGAGUGUGUGUGGCGGGAGAGUGAAACCUUUGGGGAAAAUGCUAGGAGAUUUUUUUUCUUUUUGUUCUACUUUUCGCUCGGAAAGUUUUUAACUCCUCAUUUUGGUGCAUCUGUAUUCCAGUCAAUAGGAGGGCCGGUUUUCAUGUAAUCUCUACUGGCCCAACUUGGGAGUGGGGAAAUUGCUUUAAAAAAAAAAAAAAAAAGGAAAAGGAAAAAAAAGGUUAUUCUAAAUAAAAGGAAAAAGGCUUACACUACCUAAAGCUGUGCUCUCUGCCUCCUGGGAGAGGGCCUCGAAGCCAGGCCCCCCCGCCUGCCACGGGGCACUGAUUUACCCGCCCGCCGGUGUCACCUCUCCUCUUCAGAAUUGGGUGUUUGCAGACCAUCAAAAGCAACGACUUUUUAUUCUGUUUGUACUGAACCAAAACAAACAACUGUGUAUAGACUGCUAUGUUCUUUGUUAUCUGAAACGAGGCGUUUCGGUGUUCUCUCUGCCCUCUGGCCUGCCCCUUGCACCACCCCGACAUUGGUUCCAGCAGACUGGCCGGAAGCCUCGCCGCUGCUAUCGCCGCCACUGCAGCUGCAGCAGCAGCAUCUGCACGGCUCCGCUCAGACCUGUGAAGGAAGAGGGACGAGGCCAGGAGCUAGUGUCGCCACGGCCACACAGGGAGCAGUGUGGGCCCUCAGUCCCCAGGGGGCCUGCUGUGCAUGUGGCUUUUUUUAACGCAGUAAACUAGAUUAGACGUCAGUGUUUUAAUUGCCCUUCUUCUCUGCUCUUUUCUCUCUCCUCUCUCUUUCCCCUCUCAACCAGGAGACCACCCAUGUCUCUUCUCUUCUCUGUCCCCUCCCGAGGAGUCGGGCUGUCGGAAACCACAGCCUCCCUCCCUGGGCCGGUCCUCCUCUCGCUGUCAGAUGGAUUGAGUCCUUUUAAAACAGUGAACAUCGGAAAUGAGACUGUGGGGUGUGUCUGCUUUGUUUUUUUUAAUUUUUCUUGUUGGGUUUGCAAGCAACCUCAUGUCCCUCCGGGAGCCUCCUGACAAACACGGGGAUGGGAGGUAGGGCACUGUCAGCAGCAUGCUUUUCCUUCUGACCAGGGGGCAGAGCCCGCUCUAAUGCCAUUGCGGCAGGUAAGCUUCUGCACCUUAGUUGUGCCCGACCUUAUUCUCUUCUGCCUCUCAUCUCUGUCUUCUCUCUCCCCUCUGCCUCGUUCCUUCUGGCCGCCUUUUCUCUGCCCUAUCUCAGAUAAUCCUUCCAGGGUUUCUUAAGAAAUUUAUAUUUUGUAAAAGGAUUUUGUUGUACCAGGUUUUGCAUCCUCACCGAAUCUGACUGGCCUUUAGUUUCCAAAAUCAGGUUUUUGUUUUCCACAUCUCUCCCCGUCAUGUCCAGUCACUGUUUGGGUUUGGCACCAUCAAUAUCAAAUGUACAAACGGUUCUUGCUAACCAACACCAGGUAUAUCUGAUGUUCAGAUGAGUUCCAAUAAAAAUAAUUUUUUUUUCAAAA